AUGGGUUUCAUUGGCAAUGCCAUUUACCUCGCUUUCCACCCGACCCAAUUGAGGUCAAUUAUUCAAUGGAAAGUCUGGCACAACCCGCCCCAUGAGCGCAAUGCGAAGAACGACACCGAGACUCAGAUUAUUUGCUACAAGUUCUUGGACCAGACCAGCCGCAGCUUCAGCACAGUCAUCAAGGAGCUGCAUCCGGAGCUUCUGCUCCCCAUCACUGUUUUCUACCUUGUCCUCCGUGGUCUGGAUACUAUCGAGGAUGACACGUCCAUUCCCCUGGAGACCAAGGAACCCCUCCUCCGAAACUUCAAGGACUUCCUAACCCAGGAUGGCUGGAACUUCACCGGAAAUCGUCCGGAAGAGAAGGAUCGGGAGCUGCUGGUUCAGUUCCAAAAUGUGAUCACCGAGUUCAAGAAUAUGAAGCCCGCUUACCAGGCCAUUGUGAAGGACAUCACCGACAAGAUGGGCAAUGGUAUGGCUGAUUACUGCGUCAAGGCUGCCACGGAGGAUGCGAGCGUGAAGACAAUUGAGGAAUAUGAUCUCUACUGCUUCUAUGUCGCUGGUCUGGUCGGCGAGGGUCUGACUCGCCUCUUCGUCGAGGCCGAAUUUGGCAACCCCGCUCUGAUGAAGCGCCCUGAGCUCCAGAAGUCGAUGGGUCUCUUCUUGCAGAAGACCAACAUCAUCCGAGAUAUCCGGGAGGACUUUGACGACGAGCGACGCUUCUGGCCCAAGGAGAUCUGGUCCAAGCAUGUGAAUGAGUUCGAGGAUCUCUUCAAGCCGGAGCACAAGGAGGCUGCACUCAACUGCAAUUCGGAAAUGGUUCUCAAUGCUUUAGAGCAUGUGGAGGAGUGUCUCUUCUACCUGGCAGGACUGCGGGAGCAGAGUGUGUUCAACUUCUGUGCCAUUCCCCAGUCUAUGGCUAUUGCUACGCUGGAGCUGUGCUUCCGCAACUACGCCGUCUUCGAGCGUAAUGUCAAGAUCACCAAGGGCGACGCGUGUGAACUCAUGGUUCAGUCCACUCAGAAUCUGAACGUCCUGUGCCAGACUUUCCGCCGUCUCACCCGUGCCAUCCACAAGAAGAACACCCCUAAGGACCCCAACUUCUUGAAGAUCAGUAUCACCUGUGGCAAGAUCGAGAAGUUUAUUGAGACUAUCUUCCCUAGUCAAAAUGCCGAGGAUGCCAAGCGUCGCGUGUCUGGUGAGCUCUCGAAGGAGGAGCUCGAGAAGCGGAAGGCGGAGGCGGAGAACAAGUCCGACGUCUUCUUCCUGUUGGCCAUUAUGGGUGUGAUCAUCUUGAUUGUGGCUGGUGUUAUGGUGGCUGCUGCCUGGAUGUUGGGAGCUCGCUUUGACCUUGCCUGGCAAGAAAUCCGCUCAGGCAAUUUCAGGCCUCCUGCCCCCAAGUCUCUUACGCACAAUGAGCUUUGA